AUGGCGAAGAAAGGCGCGGCCGAUAAGAAAACAGCAGAGAAGAAGGCUGGCGACAAGAAGGGGAAAGCUUCGGACUCAUCUGAGUCGCAGGACAAGUCCAAGGGGAAAGGCGGUCUGAAAGCCGCAACUGCUGUGAACGUGCGCCAUAUCCUAUGCGAGAAGCACUCAAGAGCGACGGAAGCUCUCGAGAAGCUCCAGGAAGGACAGGCCUUCAAUAAAGUCGCGCAAGAGUACUCGGAAGACAAGGCGAAGGCGGGAGGUAGUCUUGGCUGGAUGACUCGCGGUAGCAUGGUUGGACCAUUCCAGGAUGCCGCCUUCGCUCUGACACCAUCGACGGUCGACAAGCCUAUUCUAUCACCCCUUGUGAAGACUAACUUUGGCUACCACAUCAUCAUGGUUGAGGGGCGGCGCUGA